CUGUGGGGAAUCCUGCCACAGACUGACACCUGAAGCUGGGGGGCCAAUCACAUUGCGCCUUGUACAGAGAUGCGCCGUGCAGUCUGAGCGCACUGAUCUCAACUCUGGCUGCUGGACAACUCCGGAGUAGCGACGCAGCCAGACUCAAGUCCAGAUGCGACACAACGCGCACUUCGAGGCUGCAGUGUGACUGGAACUGACUGGUGAUCAGCUGCAGAGAAACUUUUUGGAUAAAUGUUACAGGUCCACCUGAGAUCAAUAAAACUGGGAUCCGUAAAAAUAAAUGGGACAACAACAAUCGCGAGAACUUGAUUCCCUCCAGUUUAGCCAACUUUGUGCGGUAGCCCAUCCGAUCUGCCUUAGUCCUUGCAGAGGAGGCGGCUGGAUGUGGCAGGAGACGCGUCACUGAGCUGUAGCGAGCCGGGUGCGAGUUUCCCUAGACCCCAACUCUCCAAUGUCCCCGGACAGGAUGAUGAUCAUCGGACUCCUGCUCAAUGUCUUAUCCCAUGGUAGUGUGCCAGCAUCUGCAUCCUUAGACUGUGUGGUGGCGGAGCAGCGCUGCAUCCAGGAGCAGUCCUGCAUGGUGCUCUAUCGACUGCUGGAGUACUGUGCGGCGGAGGAGGCCGUGUCGCCUCUCGGCUCCGAUGCCCGACUGGAGUGCCUGGAGGCCCAGAACUCCUUGCAGCGGUUCCGCCCGCUUCAGGUUUGCAAGUGUCAGCGUGGCUCUCGCAGGGAGGAGCACUGCCUCAGGGUCUACUGGACUGCCAGAUUUGCAGCUUAUGAGGAAUAUGAGGUGUCUCCAUAUGUAGAACUGGAGUUGAACCUGGUGAGAAACUUAGAGAUGUCACGUAUGGCCUCCAUCAUGGCAGCUUCCUCUCUUUCUGUGGAUGGCCAGAACCAGUGUCUGAAGGCAGCGCAGGACUGCGGCCUGUAUGAGAAAUGUGGCUCCCUACGCUCAGAAUAUGUUGUCGCCUGCACCAAGCGAGCGACAGUCACAGACAACAGCUGCAACCGCCAGAAAUGCCACAAAGCCCUGCGGCGCUUCCUGGAGCGCGUGCCAGAGGAGUACAGCUUCGCUCUGCUGUUCUGUCCCUGCUCUGACACUCUGUGUGGGGAGAGGCGGAGGAAGACCAUCGUCCCGUCGUGUUCCUACGAGGAGAAUGGCAGAGGGGAGGAAAGAGUGGGAAAGCCCAACUGCCUGAGCCUGCAGAACUACUGCUCCAGAGACGAGCUGUGUAGAUCCCGCUUUGCUGACUUCCAACACAACUGCCAGCCCUCCCCUCUGUCUGCCUCUGGCUGCAUGCGAGACAGCAGAGCCAUGUGCUUGAAGGCCUACGCUGGACUCAUAGGCACCAUCAUGACUCCUAACUAUGUGAGCAACAGCAGCACGGAGGUGUCCCAGUGGUGCACAUGUGACGGCAGCGGGAACGAAUGGCAGGGCUGUCAGCGCAUCAUGAACAUGUUCAGCAACAACCUGUGUCUACGCAACGCCAUCAGCUCCAUGGGAAUCUCCGCACCUCCUCCUGUGGAAAACACUCCCGUGCCAGCUUCUCUGCCCACCCCUCGCGUCUACCAGGAGAGGGUCCAUGUCAGUGUUAACACGCUCCCUGAAUUCAACAGUAUGGAGGACAGCGAGGAAGAGGAGCAGCAGCAGCAGCAGGAGGAGGAAAGCGAGGAAUUUAACGUAAUCCCUCCGUACUCUGAGAAGGACUCUAACACUGAAUCUGGGGCCCGAGGCAGCACAAGUGGAGCCGCUGGCCGAUCUGUUCCCUUCUUAACAUUACUGCUGCUGCCUACACUCAUCCUGGACGGGGCAUGUUGGAGCUACUGAAGCCUCCGUCUCAUUCUCCGCUCUUAUUUCACACUCACUACCACUUUCAAAUCCAUCUCAGCACUCAGAAUGAGCCACAGAGGACAAAUUGCUCCAUUUCUUUUUCUUCCUUUUUUCUUAAAAAAAAAAAGAGCCUGACUUUAGUUUAUUAUUCUGUUUCUCCUAUCACUGCCUCCUCAAGAGCUGAAAGAUAUCUGUAGUCCUGCAGUAUCUGCCGCGUCUUAGCUCCAGUCCUCUCCUAUGAAACGCAGGGGAAAAACGUGAGCAGAUAAAUGAGUGCAUGGGUGAAUUUAGAAAUGCUGUCUGGGCAAAUACUCUAUCUAGGGCCUGCUUCAGACACAAAGUACAUCUCCUCUUUUAAAAACAAGCACAUCGCCCAAGGCAACAUCCACUAUACACACUCACAAAACCAUAACCGGUCCACUCCACUGCAACUAGGCUGGAGCACGGCUUUUUAUUUCGAUUUCAUGACUCAUGUCACAUCCAUUUCUCUCUGGGCCCCUUCGGAUCUUCCUCUCCCUGCUCCUUACGCUGGCUGAGUAACAUAAUCCACUUUACAACAAGCUAAUCAGAAACUUCCCCGCACUUAAACUACUCCAUUGAAGAAGAAUACGGUUUUGAAAAGUGCUGCUUUUAAAAAAGGUUGUUUUUUUUCACAUUUAUGUCUGACACAUCUUUAUGCCUCCUGCUUCUUUUGUGAAGCUAAAAGCAGAGUGCAACAUCGCUGCUUUUGUUAACAUGCCACUUAGUAUUAUUCCUAAGGUGAGAGACUGAGAAUCCAACCAUGGGCAAAAGUAAUGAGAUCAAAUUCUAUUGUUGAGAUGACGAGCGAGAGAAAAGCAACACGAGCAAUUACGGCACAAUUCAAAUUGCUCAGCAUGCGGGGGAAAGUCUGGAGUAAGGCUCAGGGGUGGAAAUAGCCAAUUUACUGCUGUCAUACUCCCUCACGUUUUCUUGUCCCGAGGAGGUGUGUUUUUAGUGCUCCUUGCCCAUAAUGUGCUUUGGAUGUUUUGAGAGCGAGAUGCGGAGAGACGGAUGGACACAGGAGAAUGUAAAGCCUGCUGGCUGCUCUGAUGGUUGGGCAGCACAUUGAGCCAUUCUCUCUCCCUCAAAUCGCUUUUGCUGAUGUUAAUGAUUUUCUUUCUCUUAUGGCUCAUUUUCGUGUGAAAUUACGCAGCUGCAGGGAUGCAGGUAAAGAAAAGUCUUUGUGGAGGGGUACACUUGUCUAAUUUAAGGAUGAGUUCACAAGAAGUUACCUGCCUGAGCUCCGCCAUGGACACUUUCUCUCAUGACAGAAACAUCUAUACCAUCAACACGGGGGAUUUCUAAAGAUAUAUCAUUAAAAAAAACAUGUUUGAAUAUUAUUUUGUGAGGCAGUAUGAUCACAGCCCUUCCUGCCUAAACUACUGGACUUGUUUACACAAUGACGUGUUGACAUGAGGACUGAACUUAAAGCAUAAAGGCAGAAACGUGAUGGCGGAAGUGUAUGUGUGAGCUAUGCUUUUGCAAAUUUAGAUCCAUGACCACUUCAAACUUGGGUUCAAUUUCUCGAAGUCAAAGUAAAUGGGAGCUGUGAGGUUAGUGGACCUGUAGUGGCUGUUGCACACCUUGGGCCGAAAUGACAUCAUGCAGACUUUAUUAAGAGUUUGGCUACAGGAAGCUAAGCAGUGGAGGAGGAAAAGGUCAGUUUACAAAGCUCUGAAGUGUGACUGUAAGCUGAAAAUCAUUUGGACAGGAUAUUUUAAAGGAAAUGUGUGGCUGGACAAACAGCUGGUGCACAUACGGUAUAUGGAAUAGACACUAUAGAAGACACGUGUUGAUAGAUUAAACUUUGCCCAUCACUGUAACAACGCAGUGACAAUGAUGCUCACAAUGCAUCAACGAACCCGUGUCAAUAACAACAAGCAGUGAGCUCUGGCCUUAAUGACUGAAUAUGAGUUUACAUGUAUGUUCACAUUUCAGUAGGUUUGUUAAUAUUUGUAAAGUAUGUAAAGAAAACACUUGCAUUAAACAUCGCCUUUUUUUAUGAGUUAAAGAGUUUAAAAGAAAGGAAAGCUACAUCCAUACAUUUGAAUUCCUUAAGAAAAUAUGUGAAUAUUCCCUAAAUUUGACUGUUUUUAGAUUGUAUCUUGAGAAUACAGUUUAGAGACUAUGUACAGUACUAUGUUCUACAUGCUUACCUUCUUUAAAAGACAUAUCAAACAUGCCAAAUAAUUCUGACUGUAAUGUGUAAUAAAUGUGUAAUUUUUGUGACACAGUGUGCCGUCUCGGUAAAAAUAAGAAUAAAAGUCACAGUCUGUCGGGUAGAGAAAUGGCUUUGAACGACCAAGAAAUGACUGCUUUGUGUGAACAUCUAACAGGGUGAUAUUUUCUACUUACUGACCAUUUUAAUGUUGCUUUCAGUGCUAAUUGGUGAGCUAUUUUGGGCAAACACAUGCUGAAAUAUACAGCUUCGACACUAUUUGGACAUUCAUUUGCUUUAAUUAAAAUCCACAUGCACUAUGACACCAGUGUGGCAGAAACAUUCUACAGUGGAAUAAUUUGAGAAUUGUUAUGGAAACUUGCAUCAGCCUUUGCUUUAAUUAUUAAAAAAAAGUCCAGCAUGAGUUCACUGGGCCUUUGUCUCUAAUAUCCAAAUUCAGCCAACUGUCUACAAAGUUAAGUUCUGCUUUAUUUAUCCCCAGAGGGAAAAUUAUGCUCUGCAUGUUAUCCAUCCAAACUGUUCAGGAGCAG